GCCCCAGGAAAGGGAGGGUGUCCAGCCUGCUGCUGCAAGACCAGGAUUAAGAGGCGGGAGUGGACUCUACUCUGUCUCCGAUUGCCCCGGAAUCCAUCCUGUCUCUGGGAUAAGAUAUAUUAUUAUAACCUUUAUUUUUAAUGGAAGAUGAUUGAAAGUGAAAACGUAAACCAACACGACAUAAUUAAAGAACUGUGUUUAUGCAAUGGUUUAUCUUAUGAGAUGAUUGGACAAGAAGGAUCAGAUACGUCAAAACUGGAAAUGUUUUUCUCAGGGUAUCCUCGUAUAGUUGGAUUGUCAUUAUUUCCUAACUUAACAAGUCUCACAGUUGUUGCUCAAGAUAUAAAAGAAAUUUCAGGACUAGAAACUUGUUUACAGCUUAAAGAACUUUGGAUUGCCGAAUGCUGCAUAGAGAAAAUUGGAGGUCUUCAAGAAUGCAGAAGUUUAGAAAAGCUGUACUUAUAUUAUAAUAAAAUUUCUAAAAUAGAAAAUUUAGAGAAAUUAUCCAGAUUGGAGGUUCUUUGGCUGAACCACAAUGCAAUUAAAUAUAUUGAGGGCUUGCAAACUUUGAAGAAUUUAAGUGAUCUCAACCUUGCUGGAAAUCUAAUAAGCAGCAUUGGUCGCUGUCUUGAUCCCAAUGAACACCUAGAAAGAUUAAACCUUUCUGGUAACCAAAUAUGUUCUUUCAAGGACCUUACUAACUUAACCAGGCUACGUCACUUAAAGGAUUUAUGUCUGAAUGAUCCUCAGUAUAAAACCAAUCCAGUUUGUCUGCUGUGUAAUUAUUCCACACAUGUGUUAUAUCAUUUGCCUUGCCUUCAAAGACUUGAUACGAUUGAUGUGUCACCAAAGCAGAUCAAGGAACUGGCAGAUACCACAGCAAUGAAAAAAAUAAUGUAUUACAAUAUGCGUAUAAAAACUGUUCAGAGGCAUCUUAAUGAAGAUCUUGAAAAACUGAAUGAUCGAAAAUGUAAAUUACAGAAGUUGCCAGAAGAACGAAUAAAAUUAUUCAACUUUUUGAAAAAAAAUUUGGAACGGGAACUGACUGAACUCAAAGGAUCUGGCAAAGCACACAAUGAUAGAUCCAGUAACAAUAAAGUACCUGAGCUUGAAAAGUCAAAAAUCUGUGAAACUGUCUCAGAAGAACCAAGUCUUCAACAGAAGAUAGUGAUCAAACUAAAUGCCUUGAAUGAAAGGGUAACAUUCUGGAACAAAAAACUAGAUGAAAUUGAAGCAAUUUAUCGUAUUGAAGUAAAACGAAAGAAGAAAAGUCAUAGUUUAUUAAUCCCAUUUUUGUUAAUUGAAUUGGAGACGGUGGGAAAUAUCCACUUUGAAGAAGGCACUCGAUCUGAUGACUGGUUUAAUUCCUGCUAUGAAUUAAUUCUAUCACGUUUUUGUACGUGGGACUUCAGAACAUAUGGUAUUACAGGAGUGAAAGUAAAACGUGUCAUCAAGGUUAACAACCGUAUUCUGAGACUAAAAUUUGAAGAGAAAUUCCAAAAGUUUUUGGACAAUGAGAAUAUGCAUGAUUCAGAGAGCUAUCGAAAGAUGCUGGAAUGCCUUUUUUAUGUUUUUGAUCCUGAAAUUACAGUGAAGAAAAAGCAUCUGCUACAAAUACUUGAAAAAGGAUUCAAAGACAGCGAAACAAGCAAGCUGCCUCUCAGAAAAGAAGCUGUCAUUCUUGCUAAUAGCCUAAGUAUAUGUGAGUGUCCCAGAAUUGAAUUACUACAGCAGAAGUACAAGGAUGAGAAGAAAAACUCUCUUGAGCAUGAGCUCUUCAGGCAUGGCAUCCUCCUGAUUACAAAGGUUUUCCUUGGCCAGAGUGUUCAGGCUUGUGAUCAGGACUCCAUCAGUCAAGCCAACUACCCAAUGAUUAAUUCAGUGUUCAUUCCUCGAAAAUAUUUACUAAAUUCUAUCAUGGGACAAAGAAACUGUGAUUGCAGUGUUCGGCAGUGCAAGUGGUUUGUCUUUGAUCAUGACCUUGUUUUGCCUGAAUACAUUGUGGAAUUUGAGUAUAUUACAGUGGUCAAGGCUCACUCUUUAUUUUCUUCAUUCAACAAUAUUAUUCUAGAAGAAAGCAAAAAAAAUUCAGAAGGAUCAGUAUUGUCCCAGGAUUUGAAAUUUGAUGAUGAAGUUAUAAAAAUGGAUCCUAGGAUCAAGCCCAGACCAAAACUUAUGAGUUUGGAUGAUAAAACGAUACUUUCCCUUGCCAAGACUAGUGUUUAUGGUCAUAUUGUGAGUCUGAAUCUACAUGGAAACAGCUUGAGUAAAUUGAGAGAUCUUUCCAAGUUAACAGGACUUCGAAAACUUAAUAUCAGCUUUAAUGAAUUUACUUGUUUAGAUGAUGUAUACCACCUGUAUAACCUUGAAUAUUUGGAUGCAAGUCAUAACCAUGUGAUAACCCUUGAAGGAUUUAGGGGUCUGAUGAAACUUAAGCACUUAGACUUGAGUUGGAAUCAAUUGAAAAAAUCUGGCGAUGAAAUAAAUAUGUUAUGCAAACAUACCACAAGCCUUCUCACUCUUGAUAUUCGACAUAAUCCAUGGCAAAAGCCAGCCACAUUAAGGCUGAGUGUUAUUGGCAGAUUAAAGACUCUUACUCAUUUAGAUGGAGUCCUCAUUUCUGAAGAAGAAGCAACAGCAGCUAUGAAAUUUAUUUCUGGAACAAAGAUUACUCAGUUAUCUCUCUUACGGCAUUCUAGUACUAAAGAAGAGAGACCACGGAUUCUCAGCACAUGGCCUUCUGCCAAAAUUCUGACACAGACUUCAAAGUUAGGACCACAUUCACAUAUGAGUGGAAAUUGGUACUUGAAGAUAACUGCCUUAAAUUUAGAUGGGCAACAUCUUUUUGAAAUCACAAAUUUAGAAAAAUUGGAAAAUUUGAAAUGGGCUUCAUUCAGCAACAAUAAUCUCACUAAAAUGGAAGGCUUGGAAUCUUGUGUUAACUUGGAAGAGCUCACAUUAGAUGGAAACUGCAUCUCAAAGAUAGAAGGCAUUUCCAAGCUGACUAAAUUAACCCGCCUCAGCAUAAAUAAUAAUCUCCUCACUGGUUUGGAAAAGCAUACUUUUGAUAACAUGCUUCAUCUGCAUUCCCUUUCUCUUGAGAACAAUAGAAUCACUUCACUGAGUGGUUUACAAAAAGCUUUUACACUAAUUGAAUUAUAUGUAAGCAAUAACUAUAUUGCUCUCAAUCAGGAGAUCUACAAUUUAAAGGGUUUAUGCAACCUGGUUAUUCUAGACAUGUAUGGAAACAUUAUUGUAUGGAAUCAAGAAAAUUACCGGUUGUUUGUAAUAUUUCAUCUUCCAGAACUGAAAGCUUUGGAUGGAAUCUCAAUUGAACCAGCAGAGACUGAGUGUGCAAAAGAUUUGUUUGGUGGCAGACUGACUUCUGAUAUGAUUGCUGAACGACAAGGACACUCAAACUUCACCCAAAUGCAAGAACUAAAUUGGACUUCAUCAUCCAUCAGAACUGUGGAUUUGAUUCCAGUUGACCAAUUUAGAAAUGUGUGUAAUGUGAAUCUCCAGAACAAUAAUCUUACCUCAUUCAGUGGAUUAAUCUAUCUGCCUAAUGUGAAGGUGUUAUGCCUAAACUAUAACCAUAUUGAAUCAAUCAUACCCCGACUAAAGCCUCAGACUCACUUGACCAGUAGACAACUGCUCUACCAGAAAGUGCCUUCAAGUGGCUAUGGGCAGCAAGGAACUUCAAAAAUAAACAGUUACCUUUUUUCAGGAAAUGAAAUUAGUCAAAUUGAAGGACUUGACAACUUAGAAGUCCUUCAAGAAUUGGUAGUGGACCAUAACCGCAUCAGAGCAUUUAAUGAUAGUGCCUUUGCCAAACCAAGCUCUCUGUUGGCACUUCACCUGGAGGAAAACAGACUGCGAGAGCUGAGCAAAUUACAACCUUUGGUAAAACUAGAGAAACUCUUCCUAGGAUAUAAUAAAAUCCAGGAUAUGGCAGAACUGGAAAAACUUGAUGGUAUCUCUUCCCUCAGAGAACUUACAGUUUAUGGCAAUCCAAUUUGUAGAAAAAUGCUACAUCGCCACGUGCUUAUAUUUCGACUGCCUAACUUACAGAUGUUAGAUGGAAUUCCUGUGAAUUCAGAUGAUAGAGCAAAAGCUGAAUUUCACUUCUCUGAACUACAAGCAAAGAAAAAUUCGUUUAUUCCUGUUACCAGCUCUCCUGUGGAUGGUGCAUCAUUUAGCCAAGUGAAAGCUCCUCCCAUAAAGAUAACAAAUGUAAUUCUGCCUGGUGGAUUUAGCCAUUACUUGGGAUCUGACUUCACUUUAACUCCUGAAGUUGAAGGAUUCCUGGCAGCCACUUUCCAAGAUCAAAUAGAAUGUAACUGCCUAAAGAGAACUGAAUAUACACCAAGAAACCUAUUUCCGCUUAGAAGUUGUGCAAAAACUAGCAGACAGUGUUGGUGAUAAAAAUAUACAUAUAAGAUAAUCACGUUACUUAUGUUACUGAAGCACUUCAGUUCCAUAUGAAGAUAAUCUCUAUCAUCCUUGGUGAAUUUUAUUUAAUAUCACCUCUCUUAAACUUUCUUUACACUUAAGUUAUUCAUUUGAUUUUCUAUGUUAGAAAAAUCAUGAAAUAUACAACAAUUUGAAAAGCUAAAGUGACAUAAAAUGAAGUCCAAAGAAUCAAAUAUUUAGUCCUGUUAUUGGAAGCGUUUAGUUGUAAAAUCUCAUUUUGACUUGAUAUAUAAAGAUACUAAGCAAAGGUAAUUUUAGGAAAUAGUAUGUUUUCAUUUGUAGAAUAUCUAUCCAUUUAGGCUUAUCUAAAACUAAAGAAUACAUUUCUUACCAAACACAACUAUUCUUAAAUCAGGUUGAGUUUUGUUAGUUGAACUACAGAUGAGUUUUUUUAGAACUAUAUAUAUUUUUUUAAAAAUAGUGUUAAAUGGGGUUUGUCCUAAGAAUUAUUUAGAGAUGUAAAUCAUAGGCAUCAAUAAUACUUCCUGAAGGUGGCUAACUAUGAGUGCAACUCAUGCUAAAAGAAUAAAAGAAUACUAUUUCAUAUACAAAAUUCAUUCAAUGUGCCCAUAGUGAUAUAAUUUUACAAGUAAGUUGUAGGUUAAGUAAACACAUGUUCAAAAUGAGUGGACACAUUUAAAAUUUGGACUCAUAUUUCACUGGAAAUAAUUUUUCUAAAAUAAUUAUAUUGCAUACUACUAGGACAAAUCUCAAAUCAAUCAAAUGUAGUUUUGAAUUUAUUAAACACAGUUCUUUAAUGAUUAAAUUGCCAAUCAUAUUUUUAUAUCAAGAAGUUCCAUGAUUCAUGAAGUAUUCUGUUUAAAUUUUUCAGGUAGUGGUUCAACAUUGCAUGUAAUUUUCAUAUUAUUUUACGUGUUCCUUACAUGAAAAUAAAUUAUUUUUACUAAAAUAUUUGUAUUUUAUAAUCUAUCAAAAUAGUUGUAAGGAUAUUUUGGAAAUUCCGAUGUGCAUGCAAUAGUUUUGUGUCUUCUUUAAAUACUCUAUGUUUGUAAUUUAAUCAUGUAAUAUUUAAAAUUUCAAACCUAAUACAGAUUGAUUUUACCCUU